AUGGGUGACGUCGGCGUAUCAUUGUCAGAAAUAAUCGAGGUGCGUGGAUGUGGUUUAAAUGAUGAUGAAUUGCUUGCAUUAAUUAUCAUUGGUUGUGAAGUGCUUACUAAAACACCUGCAGGAGUAUUCUCUCCCGAACAUGUCGUUUUACACACCGAUGGUGAACUUGAGAUAAAACCUGUUUCGAAAGAUAAAGUAGACAACGAAUAUGUGCCUCCUGAGAUGCAAGAAGCCAAUACUGAUGUUGAUCCAGGUGCUGUGCAUGUGUAUUGCCUCGGAGAAGUUAUUCGAUUUGCUGGUGCAGCUGAAUCAGGCAAUGCAGAUUUGUUUUCUUUGUUGAAUGUAAUGACUGUGGCUCAUAUUGCUACACGGCCAUCCGUUACUCGCCUUGGGCAAAUGGCUAAAAAUAAGCUUACAAUUCAAAAUCCAAAGGCUUUGCUGGCAGAAAUGUAUAUCUUGGUUAUGGGUGAUGAAGCGGAGGAUAUCGAUGAUUUGGACAUUUCUUCUGGUGAAUACAUGCCAAAUUCACUUAGUGAAAACGAUGGUUUAAAGAAUUUAAACUGGGACGAAGCUGGAACAAGCAAGAGUGGUACUUGUGAAAAUCAAGAAAAAGAAAAAUCGAGAAAAACAACUCAAGCAGACCUAUUUGAUGCUGAAGAGGGCAUUUGGAGGUUGUCAGGAAGAGAUCCAUUUAUUCCAGUACCAAUUGCAUGUGAAAAAAUUUCUCCGGAAGCAAAAGAUUUAAGUGAAGGCAGUCAACUACAGGAACAAAAACAACAAAAGUUAUCUCUAGGUAAAAUUGAGGUGCUUUUGGAACAAAAUGAAGAGGACGAAAAAUUAAUGCAAAGCAGUUUGCCAACGAGAUCUCUUUCAUACGAUGAUGAUAUUGUGGAAUAUAGAGAAAAUAUUUCUACCGAUGAAUUAACCUCCAUACCAUCAACUAUCAGCACAGAACAUAUUGGAAAGGCGAGCGAAAUUUUGGAUUAUAAUGGCCAUAAGCUGUUUUCUACCAGCAUCAACCAAGAUUGUAGUGGCUCUCUGUCUUCUUUGUCGCCUAUUUCGGAGGCUGACGAAGGACAAAAAAUGAUUUCAUCUUCAAUUCUGCCUCCAAGUCAGGAAAAUAUUGCCGAUAGACAAGGUUCACUUGAACAGUCUAACCGUGAGUCACUGACCAAUAAUAAAAAUAAGGAGGUGCCAGAGGUUAUUUUGUCAAAAAAAGAAAAUGGAAAGCAACUACCAUCGUCAGAUAUGGAAUCCAGGAUAAAAGGGUUCGUAGCCACAAAAGAAACUCCUAAUGUUUCAAUCGCAACUGAACAGCAGUUCAUGAGACGGAAUUCGCUUUUGCCAGAUAGGAUAAGUGGACGAAAAUCUUCAUCAAAACAUUUUAAACGAAGAUUGAAAACGGGACCAGAAUUUGUUAGAAAUGCGAACGCGUCAUCCAUAUGUUUGAAGGCACCCGCUCAAAGAAAAAAAAAGGUGACACUACAUAGAAUAGAACAUACGGACGUAACUGUUGAGCUGCUUAGUGGAAAGCAUGUUGAAGUGAGCUGUCGUUCGGAUGCUGUUGCUUCGGAAAUUGCUGAUGUUGUCAUGAGGCACAUGAAUUUUAGUGAGAACUCAUUUUUCGGUUUAACUAUACUGCGGGAUGGUGAGCACUUCUUUUUGGAUGGCCAUCAGCGUCUGGAUAAAUUCGCACCACCAGGUUGGAAAAAUGCGAGACAAUAUGGUUCAUCCAAAAGACUUUAUAUGUUAUUUUUACGUUUUCGAUAUUAUCCAGCAUCAAUCGCCUUUAUACGAACUGAAGUCGUACUUCAUGAGUUGUACUUACAACUACGACGAGACGUCUUGGAUGAUCGCAUUCAACCAAAACGUGAUUUAUUGUAUGAUUUAGCUGCAUAUGCUUUACAAAGCGAAUAUUCUGAUCAACCUAAUGUAACAGUUUUCGACUACUUUGAUCUGCAACAUUAUAUACCGAAGAGGUACUUGGAUAACUACGGUGAAAAAGCGGUAAGCAAAGAUAUAAUCAAAAAGCAUGGAAGAUACCGCGGAAUGAAACAACAAGAUGCUGAGAAGCGUUUUAUUUUGCUAUGUCAACGACUAACUGAUUAUGGUGCUCAUUUGCAUCGUGUUUUUGCAUCCAAACCAUCUAUAAAUCUUGGUAAUACACCCUUUGGUGAUCCUGAAACUGGCGUGGCACAAUGGAUUGGGAUUAUGACACGUGGUAUUGUACUUUUCGAAGAAGAAAGCGGUGUCCGGCAUGCCCAGAUAGAACACCUUUGGCAAAAUACGCAAACUUUACAGUUUGAUAAGAAGCGCUUCGUGAUUGCCUCUGAAAUCCACGAACCAUCCAUUAAUGUCUUCUAUACCGACCAUUAUACAAAAAGUGCCUAUUUUGUCCGUUUUGCGGCUUCGCAACAUCGUUUUAUGAUAAAAAUGCGACAAUGGAAUCAUACUUUAAGGCGUGAUAGUCCUUUCCAGUUCCGUAGAAUGCCGGAUGUUGGUGCGGACACCAAUUUUAUGGAAGAGGUAUCGCCAGUGUAUUAUAUGAAUGCUCCUGACAUAGCAAACAUACCGGAACAAAGUUUUACUGAAAACAGUAAUCAAUAUACCUCAAGCGGUAGUUCAUCAAAGAAUUACAUAGAGACUCUGCAUCAUUCCAGCUUCAAACCGAAAGCUAGUUCAAUAAGCGGUGGUCGAGUUUUGGAAGAGAUUUCUUCUGAAGAAUUCAUUGAGAAUGGUGAUGGAUAUACUUUGGAAAUUGUGCUGAAAAAAGAUCCAAGUAGUGGGCUCGGCUUAACAUUGGUUGAUGGUAAUUUGAAUGGUGUAAAAGGUGUAUAUGUGAAAUCUGUAUCGGAAGGAGGAGUCGGAAAAAAAGGAGGAGUAAAUGUUGGUGAUCGACUGCUAAGUGUCAAUGAUGUGUCACUUAUUGGUAAGGAUAGGCAUGUAACUGUCGAUUUAGUGAAAAAGUGUGGCAAUUUUGUUCAUCUAAAGAUUUUUAGGCUAGAAGCGAUAACAUCUGCACUUGCUUCUGGCAUUAUUAAGGACAAGAUAAUGACUGAAGAUCAGAAAGGAUAUAAAAAUCAUUCACUCUCUGUUAAUGAAGGACUGCGAUCAAGAACGCCACCACCACCAAGAAAAUAUUCAAAUAUCCUGAAGAAACGCACGAGAGCUGUGAGUGACUUUGGCGCUGUUGGUGAUACUUUACCUGAUUUGAAUAGCGAAGAUUUAUUAUCAAACCUUAGAAAUGAAUCGAAGUUGGGAUAUUUACGGCCGGAAACUUCGUUGAACGACGAGGUCGAUUGUGGAAUGGGAUACGACGUGCCAGUCGUAUCUAUAUAUAAGUUUGAAGGUGUUGAUGAUGAAUUGGUAGAGCAUUCUCCAAAACGGCCCAGUACAACACCAUAUUUUCCAUUUAAGACAAAUGGAAAUGAUUGGUUUAAAAUGGGAAAGAGUGAUGUUGAUCAACAAAAAAAUUCAUGCAACGACUGGAAAUCGGUGCAGGAUUAUAGAAAGAAGCCAAAUCUUGAUUGGGCUGAUGACCUGGAUGAUAUUGUGGAACCGUCACUUUCCGAUAUUUCGAUGGUCACCCUCGAGCGUAAUGGAUCUGGUAGCCUUGGUUUUCAAAUUGCAUCUAGCGGAGGUAUUGUAUAUGUAAAGGAGAUUACUGCAGAGCCUGCACUUUCAUGUCCCGAUAUUCAAGUGGGAGACAGGAUUAUAUUGGUAAAUAAUGCGAGGGUGCAAAAUCUAACACAUCAACAAUUGGUGGAUAUAUUAAGAAAGGGUGGUGACAGAGUGGUAAUAGGCUUACAAAACUCAAACAAAGAAAUAAGUAUUGGUGAGGAAGGCGAACAGACUGUACGAGUUGUUUUGGAAAAGUCUCAUACGGGUUCGCUUGGUCUUAGCUUAGCGAAGAAAACUGGUUUUGAUGGAAUUUACAUCCGAAUGAUCAGCAGUGGUAGUGCUGCGGAUAUUGAUGGAACACUGCAUAUUGGUGAUAAAAUUUGGAAAGUUAAUGGGCAAUUAGUAAGUAGUUGUACACCAGGUGCUAUCGUUGAUUUAUUGAAAGCUACAAGUAAUCCCGUGGAAAUUAUUGUAAAACGAGUCGCCGUCAAGUAA